AUGUUGGACCCUUUGGAUGUGAGCUCGAAGAUUAAAUUAGACACUGAACAUCCGAAAAGUAUCAUUUCGGCCCUUUUCCGUACUACUGUGGGUGGGAUACUCCCAUCCAGCACGAAAAUCGUUUUAAAGGUCAUUAACGGUGCAAAAUGGGAGAAGCACUGGGCAACGUCUGUUAGCGCUUUCAAAUCGCUUCCGUCUAUUGCAGAUGGAAACUCGUUGAUUCCGAACGAUCGCCUCUAUAGCGUUCUGGGGAGCGUGAACUACCGCGACGUCUUUCUAAAGGCGGAGAAGGAGCUAAAUAUGAUCAAAGGCAGGAUUUUCUACAUGAAACCGGAUAGAAAUGGGUUGCUUCAGAACACCUUUACUGCCCCACAAGCAGAAAAGGCGUUUAAUGGUUUCUUGCAAGCUGCAAUAAAAACUGGCUCGGGAGAAAACGCGUUUUUUGACCCAAUUCGACGAACAAUCGGAGUUUUUAGCUACAUUCAUCACGAAGAGGUCCUAAGUCGCAUCAACACUGUCCGGCAAAAUCUGUAUCUUGAAUGCCAGAUUCUGGCCGAAUACGUAGAUGGAUUCCAGAAUCUCCCGGCAAUCUACAAGGAAUUCGACACUGAUUACUAUAAUAUAGUCACCGAGCUGAGUAGAACUUAG